AUGGCAUCCGAUGCAGCGAGCCAGCCCAGCCCUGCCGCCUCUGUGGCCUCGUCAGCGACCCCCAACCUGACCUCCUUCCCCAGCCACAAGCGCACCGCGCCGGUCGACGGGCCCAGCCCCUCCGCCGCCAGUCCCGAUGCCGAGGACCCCGGCGGCACCCAGGCCGACUCGGCCAAGAAGCGCCGAACAGGACCCGGUUCACGUGGCGUGGCCAACCUGACCCCGGCCCAGCUGGCCAAGAAGCGAGCCAACGACCGAGAAGCUCAAAGGGCUAUCCGUGAGCGGACCAAGAACCAGAUCGAGAACCUGGAGAAAAAGAUCCAGGAGCUCACAUCCCAGCAGCCGUACCAAGAUCUUCAAGCCGCCGUCCGAGCCAAGGAGGCUGUAGAGGCUGAGAAUGCCGAUAUCAAACGACGCCUGGCCACCAUGAUGUCGUUGAUCCAGCCUCUCCUGACCUCGCCACCUGGUCCGCCACCACCGGAGCAGACAUACAGCUCGCCGACGGCUCAGGGUUAUGCUCCUGCGCAGCAUGCAAACCCUCCCGUUUCCGUCCACACUUCGUCCACGCCUGGGAGCGCCCACUCUCCAGGCUCCGUCGACCACCAUCCCAACUGGCACGUCGACUCGGCAGACCAGCAAGCACGGGGCAAGAUGCUGAACCAGCAGCGCCACAACCUCCGGCACAACCUGGAUCUCGGCCCUGAGAAGCUCGGCCUCGACUUUUUACUCGACCCCAACCGCAACUUUCCCAAGAUCCAGAACGGCCUCAAUGGAGCCCAGGACACUGCUCAGUUCCACCACGUGCCCAUGAAGCAUGACUGGACUGGGGUCGCUCCUGUGGCACGCAGCCCGGCAGAGACGUCCUCCAAUGGCUCCCGCCAGCCGCGCCGGCUCGGGCUUGAGCACACGGGCGAAAAUCCGUACGGACAGCGGCCUCCCCUCGCGCCCAGUGGAUACAUGACCACUGAGCUCAAGAACUGUGGCCCCACGUGUCCCCUCGACAGCCUCCUCCUUGACUUCCUGCAUGAGCGCCGCCAGCGUGCCGCCGACGGUUUGCCCACGCAAGAGAUCAUUGGCCCCCGCUAUCCUUCCGUCUCGUCCCUCCUCAACCCCGCCAAUAGCAAAUACUCCCACCCGCUCUCCAAGGUCUUCACCGACAUACUGUCGACCUUUCCUGAUCUCUCCAAGCUUCCCGAGCGCGUCGCCGUCCUCUACGUCAUGUUCCUCAUCAUGCGCUGGCAGAUUGCGCCCAGCAAAGAGAACCUCGACCGGCUGCCAUCCUGGGCCGUGCCCGUCCCGGAGCAGUUCUCGUGUGAGCACCCGGCCUGGAUCGACCACCUGCCGUUCCCCCUCAUGCGUAGCUACCUCGCACGCGAGCACCUCAGCCCGGACUACAUGUUCGACAUGUUCUUUGUCCCCUUCACCGCCACGCUGUCGCUCAAUUGGCCCUAUGAAGAAACGGACACGCUGCUUGUCGUGCCAGACUCAAACGACGUCAUGAUCAACCCCGUCUUCGAGCGCCACAUGCGCCGGCUCGAGAACUGGACCCUCGGGGACGCCUUUGCCCAGACUUUCCCGGGGCUCGAGGGCACGUAUAACUACAAGAGCUGCCGGCCGCGUGAGAGGCGGUAG